CCGCUACCUAGCGCAAAGAACCACCGGCAAGCUUGCAACCAGCGCGCAAUUGAAGCUUCCAGCGCGUGAACCUUCUUCAUAUUUACACCAUUUUCUGCAUUCGAAAGCAUCCCACUUCCCCAAACCCAGAAUAACAAACACGACUGCAUCUAGAAAGUCUUGCGCCUUGAAAAAAGCGAUCGGAAGGGGAAACAAAGAUACACAAACCACCGAACAAUUAUCACCAAACAAUCCACCAAAAUGCCUCCCAAAAAGCAGAGCGGCCCAGCCGUGCCCAAGAUGAUCUCGCGCCCGAAGCCGCCGCCACCGGGCGAGGAGAUCGCAUCGGACGAGAUCCAGCUGGGCGAGUUUGAGGGCGUCGAGACCUUGAGUUACUCCGAAGCGGAGUUGGUGCUGGAGGCGCUGGAGAAGAAGAGGCGGAAGGAGAAGCGCUACCAUGAGACAGAGGUUCUUCAAAAGACGCGCGAUCACCUCUCGUUGUUCCGGCGCUUCAAGACCCCCGAGAACGUCCAGGCUGCCGAGCGGCUGUUGUCUGCCAGGCCGGAAUUGCACAAGUUUGAGCGUGCUCAGAUUGCUUCUCUGGUCCCUGAGAACAGCGACGAGGCCAAGAAGCUCAUCCCGUCACUCAAGGACAAGUUUGACGACCAUGACCUGGAAGAUUUACUGCAGGAGCUCUCCAAGUUCUGCGACUGAUUGCAAUCACAAGUCUGGAUUGGAGCGGCUUCUUUUUGUUUCUACCAUUGAGCAGAACAUGUGUUUGAUACCUGUCUACUCUACCUUUUUUUUAUACUGAUUUCGGGUUGUCAAUUUUGCAUGGCAGGCGUUCUACGGCGCUUCUGGGGAUGGCGCAAUUCAAAAACCGGGGCUUUUGAAUGCGAAGACUGAGUGUAUUUUGAUGGUUUUAUUUUUUCAGCUUUUGAAAGCAGCAGAAAACCUACUCGAGUUCUCGCCAAUCUUGGAGGGGACAGAAAAUCAAAGGAACACACAGGCAUUAACUCCUUUGCGUCUCUUCAGUCGACCAGACCCAAGUCAGACCAGCUUCCCGCGUGAACACCAUUCUUAACCUCCCUCGGUGUAGCCCGAAGCGUGGCACGGUGUCCUGGCGAAUCUACGCGUUGGUCGUCGGGAGUGUUCAUCGGAGAUGGCGAAUCUUGCUGUUCUCGGCUGCCUUCAUGUUGCGAGGAGAAAUGCGCUGCUCUCCAGGGGCUGUGGUUUCGGUGGUUUGCCGCCGCCGACUCGAUAUGCUCGGCUCCCCACGAUGUGAAGGUCGGCUGGGGCCGUCUGAAAUCAUCCACUGGUGGAGAUACUCGCAAAAGAGGUGGUGGACUUAGCCCCGUUGCCCUUGUGACAGAGUUGUACACUUCGGUGUUUGUGUUCUCGGCUAUCAUGAAUAUCUCACUGCCGUCCAGCUCGAGUGACUCGGGCGGCGAGUGCAUGUGGUGGGUUUGACGGGCUGUGGCUUUCCCGUUCAGGCUGCCGUUGGUAUUUCUGUUGCUGGGAAUAAAACUGUCUGCUAUUGAAUCGGUGUUUCUUGGACGCAUGGGGCUGACUGGAUUUGCGUCACUACCACACUGUGAUUCCAUUGUUGAUGGAUGUGAUAGUGAUGGCGAUGAUAUUGUGAGCCUGGUUUCUUCCCGGUACUGCGACUGAGGUCGGAGCUCUAUCGAUGGUCAGCCACUGGACUCUGUCAGGAUAUGUACCAAUUUACCAGCCUUGAAGCUCAAUGGCCUUUUUUUUUCUUUUUUUUUCAGUUUGCAAUGCUCACAGGCUAUGGAAUCGGUGGACUUACGACCUGGCGUACAGCGUGGUAUAACAUUCCCUUGCCUCGGCAUUGACGACAGCCUCUGGCCUCCUUCUCCUGUUCUCCCCUCCGCAACAACCAACUUGUCAUCUGUGGCUGGAUUCUGGGGAACUGAGCCUGCAUGCACCUUGGCUUCGCCGAAAAUGGGGCCCUCAUUGGGCCUCUUGCCAGAGCC